CCCUAUCUUAUUAAUAUAAAUUUAUUCGAAAAAGAAGCCAGAAAAAGGGUCUUCAGAAUUCCUAGCAUUCAACAGCGAACGAUUAUAUAAUCCAAAGAGUUACUUCAGUUUCAUCUGUAAUCGUUUUAGAGUUCCAUUACCGAUCUGUCAAAAUGUCAGUGACGCUUCACACGAAUUUGGGCGACAUCAAGUGCGAAAUCUUCUGCGACGAGGUCCCAAGGACAGCUGAGAAUUUUCUGGCAUUAGCUGCAAGUGGUUAUUAUGAUGGAACCAUAUUUCAUAGAAAUAUUAAGGGUUUCAUGAUACAAGGUGGUGAUCCAACCAAUACUGGCAAGGGUGGUACAAGUAUAUGGGGUAAAAAGUUCAAUGAUGAAAUAAGAGAGUCUUUGAAGCACAAUGCUAGAGGUAUCUUAUCCAUGGCAAACAGUGGGCCUAAUACUAACGGAAGCCAGUUCUUCAUAACCUAUGGCAAGCAACCUCAUCUGAAUGGACUCUAUACCAUCUUUGGGAAAGUGAUUCAUGGUUUUGAAGUGCUUGAUAUAAUGGAAAAGGCUCCAACAGGUCCAGGGGAUAAACCUCUCAUGGAAAUCAGGACCAACCGUGUAACAAUUCACGCCAACCCACUUGCUGGUUGAACAAUUUAUUUUAUAACACAAUGCCGUGCCUAGUUUGAAGACUGUUGUGCUUUAUCAUCCGGCUCUGGCCUUGUGCAAAUUGCUGAAGAACCUAAUAUUAAAAAAAUUCAACACUUGGUAGAAUAUUGGAGAGUGAGAGACUUCUAACUUUUUGUCAGUUUAAACAAGUGCUGUUAUAGUUGUACUACAUAGUUUAUACUGGUGACUGCUUCGAUGGCUGCUGGCAGUUUUCUUUACUCCGAUGUUUCCAUUUCUGAACCCGAUGAAGUCUAACUUAGUUGGUCCUUGCUGCAUUUGUUGACUGGAUGUUAGAUUGUUUUGUUGA